GAGUAAUUUAUGAGGACUUCACCUAAAAAAGGAAGGGAAGGAAGUGACUCAUAUUUGAAGGUACUCUGCUCGAACACAAAACAAACAGCUCCAUUAUGAAGAAGCUCUUAUUCUACACGUUUUUCUUGAUUUUGUUCCUAAAAUUUGGGUUCACACGGUCUGAAAAGCUCGAUAUGCACGAAGUGACGGCAAUGAAAGAAAUCUGGGAAAAGUUAGGGCUUGUUGGGAAGAAGAAAUGGGAUUUUGACAAGGAUCCGUGCAGUUCUGAAAAUUGGCAAUUCUUUGUUGUCUGCAAUUGCUCUUUUGAAAGUAAUACCACCUGUCGUGUUACUCAAUUGCAUCUCGUUAGACGGGCAGAUAGCGAUGAAAACAGUUUUGCAACACAGUCUGCUGAUUAAAUCCACAGCUUAUUGUUACUUUUAUUGCUGUUCACAUUUUUAGUUUGUUUAGAAUAUUAAUUUUGUAAGGGUUGUGAUGAGAAAUUAGGAAAGUCAUCCACCACUCUGAUAUUCAUUGUGAUUGAUAAACUUUCUCAUUACCCAUACUUUCUUUUUUGUUUCUGAGCCCUCUCAUUAUGAACAUACAGAUGCUAGGGCACAAGUCCUGUUAAUCAAAUUGAUCAGCAGAUCUGUAAUUUCUGUAUAGUGUCAUUUUUGUAAUAAGUUUGUUAAUCAGUUGUUAGGGCAGUUGUUUGCUGUUAUUAGCUGCUGCUAAUCAGUAUAUAAGGAGAGAUUGGUUGAUUAUUAAGAGGAGGGUUUAUAAUAA